AUGGAUUACUCCUCCAUCGCACACGAUCCAGCUGAUCCAGUGGAACCAUCUCCCUGGGGCUCUCCACAUGCAGAUAGAGAUGCUUUUGGAAGCACCGGCCACGGCACAGAUGUUCCUGCGCCCUUACCUCCGCACCAAACGCUGUACGGUGAUAACCACGAUAGCGAACCUCAUACCGGGAAUGCGCCAGCUGCAGCGUCGGAACAACACGAUUCCUUGGAUACCCCCCGCAGUGUUCCGGCAAGUGAGCACGAACAUCCGCAACAAUCGCAGCCUGCAUCUCAACAGCAGAAACGGACAGAGACACCUGCUCGUUAUCAGACCGGAGCUCGGCAACACGCAAGACAGGCUGCACCAACGUACAGGUUACAAGGAAAGAUAACUGCGCUGGAAAGGACGGGCAAGAAAGAUCCCAUUCUUCGUUUCGAUGUCUACACCAAUAUCCCCAAAUUCCGUACCACGCAGUAUCGGGACGUUCGUCGCACCCACUCAGAAUUUGUCAAACUCUCUGAACAUUUGAUAUCUUCCAACCCCGAGGCAAUUGUACCCGCUGUGCCUCCUCCACUUACUCCUGCCGGUGCAGGGACUGAUGAAGACGAGAUUCGCGUCAAGGCAUCAAUGCAGAAGUGGUUGAACUAUGUAUUCAGUAAUGACGUCCUCGUGCAUGACGAUGAGAUUGUUCUUUUCGUGGAAAGUGAUUUCGGCUAUAGUCCCGUGGUUCGAAUGAAGCAGCCAGCGACUGGUGUUCGCCGAAAGGUUCUUAAGCAAUUUGCACCACCUCCGGACGACACUCCUGAGUUACAGGAUGCGCGUCCCGUGGUGAAGAUGUUCUAUCUCGGUGCACUUGAUUCUAGUCAAAAGGUGGAUCGUGUGGUUAAAGCUCGAAGAGGCCUCGGACUGGCAGAAUCUGAUCUCGGCGUCAAACUUGGACAUAUGCAUGUACAGGAGACUCAUGUCGGUUUAAGCAACGCGUACCGGAAGCUUGGGCGCGUCAUCCAGACAGCCGGCGACUAUCAUGCUGCUCAAGCCACAGCGGAGGCUACAACUCUGGGUGAUCCCCUGGAGUACUAUUCCUCUGACGCUUUCAUUGUGAAGGAGACCUUGACGAACCGACAUAUUCUUCUUCGAGAAUUAAUUCAGGCCCAACAAGCCGCUCGCAGCAAGCGCGCCGCAGCCGACCGCCUCAAGGGCAGUUCAUCUGUUCGCCCGGAGAAAGUGGAUGAAGCUAUUAGCGCUCUAGAUGAAGCCCUUGGGCACGAGACCUACCUUACCAAGAAGACACAAAGAGUAACAUUAAACUUGUUACUGGAGACCCGGCGUUGGUUUGAUCGAACAUCAAAUGACGUCCUAUCAAGUCUCCGCGAGUACACCCUUAGACAAAUUGAAGCUGAACGCCGAACAUUAGCUCUACUCGAGAGUGUGCGACCUGAUAUUCGAGCAAUUGAUUCGUCUGGUGGACUUAGCCGUCUUGGACGAGAGUCUCACCCCACAAUUCGCCGAUCCAGUUUGGCGUCGAGCCAAGGCCCCAAGGGAGAUGCAUGGAGUGGUGUACCCCGUCGUAACGAUAGCCUUAACCGAAGUAUGACCAAUAGUACGGUUAUUGUGCCCGUUCUUUCGGAUGAGGUUUCCAAUGGCGACAGUGUCGGCAAUGGCCGGGCUCGAGCCCUGAGUGGAGUUGGAUCUAUCGCAGAGGAAGAUGAUGAUGACAAGCUUGAUGCAAGAAAUGCGGCAAGUCGGCUGGCGACAAGCACGUUCUGAUGAAUUCCUUCUAUUAUAUCCUUGUUUUCUCUGUUGUUUGUAUAGUAGCAUAUGUUUCUACUAUCUGUCAUGCUCUGCAAUCACCAAUCCUACACAAUAUCAAAAUUUUCUCUUUCUUUAUCCUUUUUUUGUGGCGCCUCGUCAUUUCUUAAAUCAUGCCAUUUGAACACAUCACCAGCACAGAUACGCAAUAGCCUAUUAUCCUCCCGGACUUGUUAUCAAGAAGCCCUACCAAUUGAGCUACAAUCAAAAGGA